AUGUUGGCGGUUUUGCUAGUGCUGUGUCAACUGCAUGUGAUGGUGUUUGCGUUUCCUCACUGCCCAGAGAGAGUGAAUAAGUUGAAGCCACCUGAAUGGAAAGAUGCAGAUAACCUGGAAAGGGAAUGCUAUGAGGAACUCUGCAAUUACGAAGAAGCCAGAGAAGUUUUUGAAGACUCCCAUAAAACGAUGGACUUUUGGAAGGACUAUUCAGUUAAAGGCCCUAAAAUAAAAAUAGGGGAUGAGACACUACACAAGAUUAAUAUUACAGGACUUCUCAUCAGUCUGGUUGCUGCUGGAGUGCUGUUAGUUAUCAUUGCACUGGUUAUCUUCUACUGCUGCAAAAGUAGAUGCAAAUCAAGGCAACCACAAGGGUACUUGGAUUACGCGCGGAGCAGAAGGCGCAACUCGGCUAACAUCUUCAGAAGGCACGAGGAGUUUUCUCUAAACCCACUUCCCCUCAGACCUGACGACUCAGGACUGCCCACCUAUGAGCAAGCAGUUACUUCAGAUGGACACAACAUACCACCACCCCCUUAUCCAGGGCCCCCCAGAGGGCCCUGGGUGUUCAGAAAGUCUAUGUCACUUCCCGGCCCCUAG